AUGGUGCAACUUGAAAAUGGUACAAAUUUUUUCAUCAAUGACAAUGUUGAUGUGUUGAUAGUGAUAUUGCAAAGGCUAGAUGGUGGUUCCUUAGGUGUAGCUGCAUGUGUUUGUAAGUUAUGGUGUUCCAUCACUAGAAAUGAUUCCCUUUGGGAGCACCUUUGCUUUCGCCACGUGUCUCCUCCCCCGGAGGGUGUGAGGACGGUGGUUUUGGCUCUUGGAGGGUACCGAAGACUUUAUAUGGUGUGUGUUAAGCCAGUCUUGGACCGGCUUAGGAAGUGGAGGAAAGGAACGGGUUUUGAUGAGUCGGAGGUAAUGAGAAGAGUUUGGAUGCAGCAUGAAGUGGAACUUUCAUUAUCGUUGUUUUGUGUGGAUUAUUAUGAAAGAGUGUUUUUGGGUGGUGGUGGUGGUGGAGGUGGUGCAGCAGCAUCAUCACUUAUGUUCCUAUGCAAUGCCGUUAAUGUUUAG